AUGGGAAGGUCCCCUUGUUGUGAUAAAGUGGGUUUGAAGAAAGGGCCAUGGACACCCGAAGAGGACCAGAAGCUUCUCGCUUAUAUUCAAAAACACGGCCACGGCAGCUGGAGAGCCCUUCCUCCCAAAGCCGGGCUGCAGCGAUGUGGGAAAAGCUGCAGAUUGAGGUGGACAAAUUAUUUGAGGCCAGACAUUAAGAGGGGAGAGUUCAGCUUGCAAGAACAACAGACUAUCAUCCAGCUUCAUGCACUUCUUGGAAAUAGAUGGUCCGCCAUUGCAAGCCACCUCCCAAAGAGAACCGACAACGAAAUCAAGAACUAUUGGAACACCCACCUGAAGAAAAAGCUGACCAAAAUGGGCAUCGACCCCACCACACACAGGCCCAAGAGCCACGCCCUCGGCUCGGCCCAGCCCAGUAAGGACGUCGCCAACCUCAGCCACAUGGCCCAGUGGGAGACGGCACGCCUCGAAGCCGAGGCCCGUAUCGUCCGGCAGUCCCACCUCACCGCCUCCUCCCUCCAUCCCCCGCUCGCCGGAAAUUCCGCCCCCGCCCUCGGCCCGACCACCACCUCCCGACCCCCGUGCCUCGACAUCCUCAAGGUGUGGCGGGCCACCAACAGGGGCAGAAUGGACAUUUCGCCCCUCCACGGCUUUUUUGCUGGGGCCCACCAGCUCGAGUCCCCGACCUCCGUACUCAACUUCCCGGACAGCACCCACGGGGGAUCGACCCUGGUGUCGGACGCCGCGAAUUACGCGGCGGGGCCCGAGGGGCCGGGGAUCAAGGGCAUUUUGGGAAACUCAUCGGUGGUGCAGGUUCGCGAUGUCACGGAUAUUAUGGCCGAUUGUUUUUCCGACCUCCCGGGGAUCCCGAGUUUCUUGGAGGGCUUCGCGGAUGUUGCGAACGCGACCGGGCCCGUCGAUAAUUACUGGAAUAACAUCUUAAACGCGGUUGACUCGCCGAUUGAUUCCCCCGUGUUUUAA